AUGCCUGCUGUCUCGAAAGUUGACGUUGACGAAUUUGUCAAAGUAGCAACUAAGUACGAUCUUUGGUGUGAAAAUUCAAACUCUAUCAAAGGUCCUUCUGCUCAAUGUUGGUCAGAUAUAUCCAAAGACUUAAAUUAUUUGAUCUCUUCUAAAUACGCCUAUAUAAUUGUAAAAGAAAAUAGAAAUAAAAUUCGCAAUAAACUUUUUUCCAACGACAUUCCUACAUGCACAGAUGAAUUGGAUAAUAUCAACAAAUUUGAUGAUUUCCAUAGUUCCACCUCUUCAGAAACAUUUAGUGAUGACACACUAAAUUUUAAUAUUACACUGUCUGCUGAUGAAUGGGGAAGUUUGUAUGACAAUAGGCCUCAAAUAUAUAAGCGUUCUGAUAAAAAAUCCGAAUAUCGAUCUUACUAUACACUACAACCUCAUAAAUGGACCUCAGUAAUACAUGAGCAUUUUUACGAACAAACUAAACUUCCUUGCUCAAUUGUUUAUAAAUACGCUAAAAUAUACCAGGGAGGUCAAGUAUUUUUAAAAAUUGCUGGUUACUGUCCUACGUGCAAUAGUACUUUAUCUGGUAAUUUGGCUAGCUGUCCGACUGUGGGGUCACGUGUUAUUAUAAGAUUUAAUAUUAAAGGAAAUUUUAAAUCAUGCCGAACUCAUAAAAAAAGAAGAAUUAUUGGUGAUACGAAAAUUGAGUUUGCUAACCAAUUAAAAGAUCAAAAUAAAUCGGCAUCAUUUAUUCAACGUAAAAUGGCUAGAUCUAUUAUGGAUUAUGGUGAUCUAAUACCUAGUCACAUUCCUUCAUUAAAUGCAAUAAGAUUAAUUAAGCAUAAGGCUUUGAAAAAUGAUCAAGUUCAUGAUAACCCUAUAAUUUCUAUUUUGACACUAAAAGGAACACCACCUUACAAUAACAUAAUUAGGGAAAUUGGACACGAUAAGUUCUUCAUGCAUUACUGGACUGCGAGUGAAGUGAAUAAUUAUAGAGUCUAUGCAAAAAAAAAUUCAGUACCCACAAUAUCAAUUGACGCCACGGGGUCUGUUGUAAAAAAAAUGACUUUGUUUUCUGGUAGGCAAACACAUAAUAUUUUUUUGUACGAGAUUGUCGUGAAUGAUCGAAAAAACCAAAAUCAAUUUUGUGUCGCACACAUGCUUUCAGAAAAGCAUGACAACAACAGCAUCAGCUAUUGGUUAGCAGAAUGGCUUCGUGAUGUGAAAAGUCCACCGCUAUUGGUCGUAACUGAUCAAUCGCUAGCAUUAAUGCAUGCCGUUACACAAACCUUCACGCAAUUUUCUAGCCUUGAUACAUAUAUUUCGAACUGUAGUAAAUUGAUAUCAAAAGAACCAGGUUUUGAAAUUCCAAAAUGUAUGAUUAGAAAUGAUUUCAAUCAUGUGAUGCAUUUAAUUAGCACAUGGCCUGAGUUAAAAAGUUGCACGCCAAGAGUUAAACAGUUUUACAUGAGAGCAAUUGGUUUGCUCGUUGUAAGCACCUCAAUAGGUGAUAUUAAAACAAUAUUAAAAUCAAUUUUUACUACCGCUCUACACGAAUGUGAUGGGAUAAAUGAUGAUCAGGAACCAACUGCAUGUGAGAAUGCUAAAAGGUUCUUAAAACAAAGAAUAGCAACUCAUAUUGUAGAAAUUGAUUAUGAAAAUGAAGCAAAUGAAGAGUUACACGACGAAGAAGAAACCGAUGAUGUAUCGUCUCCAGUAGCUUCCACUAGUAUAUUCCAGGACAUAAAACGUUUAUACGAAGAAUGUGAACAAACUAGUCAACUUACAAGUAACUUAACCGGCCAUCACGACAAUAUGCAAUAUUCUCCUUCCCUAGCGAAAAGACUAUUAAACUUUUGCAAAUACAUAACUUGUUGGUCUGCUUUGAUGGUCCCUAUUUUUGAAUAUGGUAGUUUAACAGAAACAAGUUCUUCCUCGGAAAGUAUGUUCAAAGAUCUUAAGUCAAUUGUUUUUAAACACAAAACUUUACCGCUUCGUUUAGAUGAUUUUUUUGUAACUCACGUUGAAUCAAUUAUUGGUAUGAUGAAUUUAAUGAACACAUCUGUAGCUCAGUCAAAAAAAGAUAUUUUGGAUAUUGAACAUGAAACCCAGCAACCAAUUUCAGAAAUACAAGUCAAAUUAAAAUGUCUUGUUUCAAAUUCAAAUACAUACGAUGAACUAAAACGAACUAUUACAGAAACUGAAAAUGAAAUCGAAACACCUACUACAAACAUUAAAAACGAACCAAAACGGCUGAUAUUGGAAGAGGAAGACGAACCCGAACAAAAUAUUUUUGAUUUUACGGAAGACUGGAUGGGGUUAGGAAAAUCCAAAAAUAAAACAAAAAAAUCUAAGUAUAUAACAAAAGAUCCAACGAUACUGCACUGCAAUGAUAAGAGCCGAUCAAGAAAUUCAGUCAUUGGCAUUUUGCGGAAUGGAUCUAUUUCAGAAUUGAAAAGUAUUCGUAUUGAUAACGAUUAUGUGUCUCUCAUAAAUACAUGUACAUUUGAUUCAAUAUCACAAGUAAUGUUUUGUGCUUACGCUGAUAGCGAACUUUAUUCAGAGUUUGUUGAAAGAAGAACAGAAAAUAAAUUUAUGGAGUUGGUGUCCCGUGCCGUACGUGAUGGUAUUACCGUACAAUCCUAUAGGAAACGAGGAUUGCUUUUGAAAGACUUAUUUACGAAUCAAUGUACUUUCGAAUUGACAGUAAUUGAUGCAGCUUGUACGGCCCAAUUCAUGUUAAACCAAAUAUUUGCCAACUUUCCUUCUGUUGUUGCAACAAUGGUAUGUCCAGAUUGUUCAAAUAGAUUUUUAAGGGAAGAAAUAAUUGUAUCAGUAAAUCUACCAACUGAUGAUUUAGUUUUCUUAACUGAUUUAAUGGAAGACUUUAAUUUUACACCAUCACAUUGUAAAAAUUGUGACACAAGUAUGACACAAGCCCUGGACUUUAAAGAACAUUUAAUUAUCGAACCAGUAGUACCUCUUACUCCACAGCGAAAACUAAAAAAAAAUCUGGACUUAAACACUCAAUUAAAAGAUAUCCCCACUAUUCUUAAAGUGAAACAAGAGUUAUUUUACCUAAGAGGAAUUGUAAACUUUAUUUCGCCAAUUUCAAGUGCAAUAAAUGCAGUUGGACAUUAUAUUGCAUACUGUUAUAGAGAACCAAAUAAAACAUGGGAAAAAUAUGAUGAUUUUCAACAAAAAUCAAAAACUGUUAGACCAACAACCGAAGCACAAAAAUGUCAAUAUUUAGUAUACACUAAAUAA